AUGGCAAGCUACAAUCAAACAGCUACAAACAUUUCAGAAUUUAUUGUCAACGGUUUCUCUGGGCUUCAAGACGACCAGUCGCAGCUUGAUCUUAUACUCUUUGUGUUUUUCAUUACAAUCUAUAUAAUUACAUUAUUUGGCAACUUCUCUAUUUUAAUUCUGAUUGCAUUAGAUGAGGCACUGCAUACUCCUAUGUACCUCCUUAUAAGCGUUUUAGCUUUUUUAGAUGUAUGUAUUCCUUCUGUUACUGUUCCAAAAAUGUUAACAAAUGUUAUAUUUAAUUCUAAAAGUAUUGUGUUCGGAGCAUGCUUCACUCAAACGUUUUUCUAUCUUGGUAUCGGUUCAACUGAAUCCUUCAUUCUUAUGGUUAUGGCUUAUGAUCGCUAUGUUGCUAUUUGCAAUCCACUGCAUUACUCGACAAUAAUGACUAAUAAACAUGUGAUUAAAUUAUGUAUUUUUUGUUGGAUUGGAGGCAUGAUGGUACCAGUUGUGCCUUUGUAUACUGCUCUUAGGUUACCAUUUUGUGGACCCAAUGUAGUACUCCACUGUUUUUGCGAUUAUUCUGCUGUUGUUAAACUGGCUUGUGCUGACGUCACCUUAAAUGCUGUUGUUUCUCUCACAAUAGCUAUGUCUGUGUUGUUAAUUCCUUUAGCUUUUAUAGUUUUUUCUUAUAUUAAAAUAAUUAGUUCAGUUCUUAAAGUUGCCUCUACAGAAGGGCGAAAAAAAGCCUUUUCUACCUGUGCUUCUCACCUGUUUGUGAUUGUAAUUUUCUAUGUGGUUGCAGUUCUGGUGUUUAUAUCCUAUCGAAUCACAGGAUUCUCAUCGGAUGUUCGUAUUAUGGCUGCAGUACUUCAGAAUGUGUUACCCUCCAUGGUGAACCCAAUAAUAUAUUGCCUCAAAACCAAAGACAUCAGGAAGAGCUUUUCCAAAUUUCUUCAAAGACGCAAAGUUGCAGGGCAUGGCUUGUUAAACUGA